CCUCUCAGAAUUUGUGCCUCAUAUGUCUGUUGUUCCUUCUAGAAACCUGUGCGACAUCACGACCAUCGUCAGACACAAACACUGUCUGCACACUCGUGCUUGUGAUAGUGGUCCUGUCCUUGCUCCUGUUCGUGGUGUGUUUCCUGGCGGUGCUGCAUAGGAGGAAGCGCAGCACCAAAACUGUGAUGCCAGGAUGUCCAACAGAAAACGGAAAUGAGGUGGAAGAAGAAGACGGCAGCAGGUCGAGUUGUGCUGCGUCUCCAAGACACUCAGAGACAACAGAGAAUAAUCACCGGGACUCAGAGACAGGAUGGAGAUCCUUAACUGGAGUCAGAGCAAAGUCAGCCAAUGCUGUUCUCUUUACGUCUCCUUUUUGUGCACCUGUGAAAGAUCGAGUGACUUUACAAACUGAGACAGAGGCUCAAUCCAAAGAGACAGAAACACAAACUGAGGGAAGGCAGAGACUGGGGAGGGAAACUGAAGCAGAUGGAGGACUUGAGACUAAGAAUCUAACAAAAACCACUGAAGUUAAGGCUAAACAAGCUGCUGAAGGCAGAAAUCCAGACAAAGACCCCCACUGUGUGUCUGUAAACACUGACACUGUUCCUUAUCUGAGCAUCGGUACAAACCAGAGUAAACCUCAUAACAAACAGUCCACUGAUGAGCCACAUCAAAGAUCACAGACCGGAAAGGUUAUUGAGAGGAUCUCCACCUGGCCCCCGACUGCAAUUCAGUGGCAGGCAAGAUGUAAAAUGAUAGAGAAGGAGGAGGAGGAGCGCUCUGACUGCUCCACUGUCUGGACACCAAAGGUGCCAGGUGAGGUGAAAAAGGUGGAGCAUCCAUUUGGUGGAGAUGAAAUUGAGAAAAAUCCGAUGGACGGUGACCUAAAAAUAACUCAGGUGAACGUGGGACACCCUCAGUCCUCAAACCCAGCUGACGAGACCACCAUGAUCAGCGAGGCUCACACCCACACUGACAGGAAGCAAGAGGAGAGGCAGGUGAUCCAGGACCCUGCCACUGUGAGACAGACAAGCAGUGAAGAACUAAAUCUGAAUCAGGAAAGACCUGGUCAAACUCAAGCCCGGAAACCUGCAGAAAAGAGUAAGAGCAGCAGCAGGACAGAACCAAAACGAGCUGCGAUGAGCAGACAGAGGGCAGGAAACAGGAGCACGGGCUCAAAGGCUCCCUCUGGUGGGGCCUCGCCAGAUGACGCAACGCUGCUGUCCGGCAACGAGUACGCCUUCAUGGACCUGCUGCAUGAGGUGGUGCAGAACAACGGCCGCUGGACCAGAGAGAGGUGGAGGCAGACACAUGUCAACAAGCAGCGGCGUUAGGCUGGAGGUACCGGACGAGCUCAGAGACCAACGUUAAACAAUAUUUCAGUUAGUUCAUUUAAAAGCUAUAGUUGUGCAAGAAAAAGUCAACGCUUAAAGGAACCCUUUGACAUUUUGGGAAAUACACUUAUGAAAGUGGAAUUAUUGAUCUUACUCCCAGCCAAGAGUGUCUGUCUGUUAAAGGGACAGUCCAGUGAUUUUUUAAGGUGCAUCCAUAAAGACCUCACAAGAAACAGACUAAAAAAGAAAUGUUUAAAGCUUCACUUUAAUUAUGUUCGAAUUAAACAAAUGAGACACAAUUUAUUAGAAAGCUUGUCAGUUGAUUUUGGUACUUUCGUACAGAGCUAGGCUAGCCGUUUCCCCGUUUUUAGUCUUUAUGCUAAGCUAAGCUAACUGUCUCCUCAUAUUUACCAUACAGAUACGAGA